CAACAAACCCUUCUUCUUCCUCUUGUUCUUCCUCUUGUUCUUCCUCUUCUUCCUCGUCUUCUUCUUCUUCCUUCAGUGAUCCAUCUUCAAUUGAAAAACCCUUUUUCCUGGUGGUCUUUUUUAUUCCCCAUGGAUACCAAGCUUGAUGACGCACCCACACCUUCAAACAGCAACGUCUGCUGUCCCAGCCAGAACGGCACGGCCUCUUUCCUGUGCUCACACGACCCUUGCCCCCCCAUCUCCUCGGACGCCACCCUCGGCAGCCACCUUGCCCGUCGGUUAGUUCAGAUAGGCGUCAGAGAUGUAUUCUCUGUUCCCGGGGACUUCAACCUCACCCUCCUGGAUCACCUAAUCGCAGAGCCUGGCCUGAAUAACAUUGGGUGCUGCAAUGAGCUUAAUGCAGGGUACGCGGCUGAUGGAUACGCAAGGUCUCGUGGGGUGGGUGCAUGUGUGGUGACCUUCACCGUUGGUGGGCUCAGCAUCAUCAACGCCAUUGCGGGUGCAUACAGUGAGAAUCUCCCAGUGAUCUGUAUCGUGGGAGGGCCAAACACCAACGACUUUGGGACUAACAGGAUCCUACACCAUACCAUCGGUUUGCCUGAUUUCAGCCAGGAACUUAGGUGUUUCCAAACCGUUACUUGCUUUCAGGCUGUGGUGAAUAACAUUGAGGAUGCACAUGAACAAAUUGAUAAGGCCAUUUCCACUGCUCUCAAAGAAAGCAAGCCUGUUUAUAUCAGCAUUAGCUGCAAUUUACCGGCCAUUCCCCAUCCCACCUUUUCCAGAGAACCCAUUCCAUUUGCCCUCUCACCAAGGGUGAGUAAUAAAAUGGGCCUAAAGGCCGCUGUGGAAGCAACCGCGGCCUUCUUGAACAAAGCCGUGAAGCCCGUCAUGGUGGGAGGCCCAAAGCUCAGGGUUGCAAAGUCCUGUGAGGCCUUCGUCGAAUUGGCGGACGCCUCCGGCUAUGCACUCGCCGUCAUGCCGUCCGCAAAAGGACUGGUACCGGAGCACCACCAACACUUCAUCGGUACAUACUGGGGUGCCGUGGGCACUUCGUUCUGUGGAGAAAUUGUGGAAUCCUCCGACGCAUACUUAUUUGCAGGACCCAUCUUCAACGACUACAGCUCCGUUGGCUACUCCCUUCUCCUCAAGAAGGAGAAGGCCAUCAUCGUUCACCCUGAUCGUGUCGUGAUUGCCAAUGGACCGACGUUUGGCUGUGUUCUGAUGAAGGAUUUCUUCCAAGCUCUAGCCAAGAAGCUUAACCGGAAGACCACUGCCUAUGACAACUAUCAACGGAUCUUUAUCCCCGACGGGGUUCCACCCAAGUGUGACCCUCAAGAGCCAUUGAGGGUUAACAUCUUGUUUCAGCACAUACAGAAGAUGCUUUCCAGUAACACGGUAGUGAUUGCCGAGACUGGAGAUUCCUGGUUCAACUGCCAGAAGUUGAAGUUGCCAGAGGGCUGUGGUUGGUAUUGUAGGUAUGAAUUUCAGAUGCAGUAUGGUUCCAUCGGAUGGUCGGUCGGAGCAACCCUCGGUUAUGCUCAGUCUGUACCGGAGAAGCGUGUGAUUGCUUGCAUUGGUGAUGGAAGCUUCCAGGUGACUGCACAAGACGUAUCGACAAUGAUUAGAUGCGAGCAAAAGAGCAUUAUCUUCCUUAUCAACAAUGGUGGCUACACCAUUGAAGUUGAGAUCCAUGAUGGUCCUUAUAAUGUCAUCAAGAACUGGAACUAUACUGGCUUGGUGGAUGCAAUUCACAAUGGUGAAGGAAACUGUUGGACAACAAAGGUUAAAUGUGAGCAGGAGCUUACCGAAGCAAUUGCAACUGCAAUGGGAGAUAAGAAAGAUUGUCUGUGCUUCAUUGAAGUGAUUGUUCACAAAGAUGAUACCAGCAAAGAACUGCUGGAAUGGGGAUCCAGGGUCUCUGCUGCCAACAGCCGCCCACCAAAUCCUCAGUAGAGAAGCCACUACUGCCAGGCAGUAUCUGAAUAAGAUAUAUAUUUGAUAAAAAUUUGCAAGUUUUAGAUCAUUUUGAUGAAAUUUUUAUUAUAAAUUUUCAGACUUUUUCAUUUUCUAUAUCAAGUCUCUCACAUAUAUAAUCGGGGUCUUGUUACAAUCUCUACACUUGAAAAUCAACAAUCAAAACCAGCAUACCUAGUGAUCUGGUCAGAACCGGGAAUGUGGGGAAUGUGAAAUUGACAAAACAUGAAAGAGUGAAUUGUGCAAGCUACCCAACUGUUUCAAUAAAUGCAUUGUCAUGGU